GUGAGACACGUAGUUUCCAUUUCUCAACGAAUUUGUAUGCCAUAAUGUAGUAAAAAUCGAAAUUAACUAUUUCUGAUGGACAAUUUUCCUUACACAAUUACUUGCCCUAAUAAAUUAUUGCAAAAUGAUAUUUUACUUGUUCCUGUCAGUAUGCAUCCUGCUACUAAUCUUACACUUUAGAAAAAGUAAAAAACACUUACCUCCAGGCCCAAGAGGACUUCCAAUUUUAGGUAAUCUCUUACAACUUGAUAAAGAUGCUCCGUACGAGACUCUUGCACAAAUCGCCUGGAAAUACGGACCAGUUUGUGGAUUACGCAUGGGCUCGGUUUAUACAGUGCUACUGACCGAUCCUAAACUUAUCCGUCAGGCUUUUGCCAAGGAUUCAUUUUCAGGUAGAGCUCCUCUCUACUUGACCCAUGGAAUAAUGAAGGGAUAUGGCUUGAUAGCUGCCGAAGGCGAACGCUGGCGCGAGCAGAGGAAGUUUGUCGCUAGUUCUAUCAAGAACUUUGGCAUGGUCAAAUUUGAGAGCCCUAAAAGGGACAAGAUGGAGGAGAGAAUCCUCAAUGCUGUUAACGAGGCUCUUGAGAAAUUUGAAUCUCGCCAAACAAAGGACGGAGUGAAUACGCAUAACAUUCUUCAUCAUUGCAUAGGAAAUCUGAUGAAUUUACUAACAUUUGGGCGAGUUUAUGAUGAAAAUGAUGAGUUGUGGAAGUGGCUUCAAUAUACUCAGGAAGAAGGUGUGAAACAUAUUGGAGUUUCCGGACCAAUUAACUUUUUACCCGUAUUCCGAUUCAUACCUACAUUUGCAAAAUCAAUCGAGUUCAUAUUAGACGGCCAGAGCAAAACGCACGAAGUCUACAGGAAAAUACUUCAAGUGUACAGAAGUAAUCCAACUGAAAUUAAUAGCUUCUUAGCCGCGUUUGAUGAGGAGAUGAAACGGCGUAUUGCAAAUAACGAUGAUCUAGGCUCCUUUACCGACACUCAAUUGGUGUAUCUUUUAGCUGAUAUUUAUGGCGCUGGAGUCGAUACUACGUUAGCCACCAUUGGCUGGUUUCUACUUUUCAUGGCUGCUUACCCGGAUGAGCAGGCUAAAAUCCAAGAAGAAAUGGAUAAUAUACUUGGAGAAAAUAUGCCAAAAUUGAAGCACAGGCCAGCCUUGAUACGACUGGAAGCUGCAAUCAUGGAAGUGCAACGUAUUAAGAGCGUUGUUCCCACUGGGAUUCCACAUGGUACCACCGAGGACACGAAGAUCGAGGAUUACGAUAUACCCAAGGGUACGAUGAUAAUACCUGUACAGUGGGCCGUUCACAUGAAUCCUUUGUACUGGCCGGAACCGCACACCUUCAAACCCGAGAGAUUCAUUGAGAAAGAUGGCAGUCUUGCCAAGCCGGAUGCUUUUUUACCUUUCCAGAUAGGUAAAAGGAUGUGUGUCGGAGAUGAAUUUGCUAGAAUGAUACUUUAUCUUUUUGGUGCCCGAAUUUUGCAUCAAUUUUCGCUAUCGCCACCUCCAGGUCGUACAAUCGACUUGGAAACAAACAGUAAUGGUAUUACUUUACUGCCUAUCCCACAGAAAUUGUGUGUCAAGCGCCGUCAUUGAAAC